AUGGACAAUGAUCAGAGAAAGAGGAUUAGUGGUGAUAACAGUGAUCAGAGUGUGACAUCAUCCACCUCAUCCACUUCAAUCACCUCAACAUCAUCCACUAAUGAUCAGCAACAACAACUUUUGCUACAAUCUGUUCAGAGCCAAGGAACUGAAGAAAAACGCACCGAUCAGAUACCAUCAAUGGGAACGGAAGAGAAUGUAACCGUUGUCCGAAUGAGGAACAGACCGCUUUCUCAAAUUCAACAACAGGCAACAACAAAUGGUAAUGUGUCAGAAGCGAAUGAAAACAAAAAAAAUAGUUCGCUUUCUGUACUACAACAUGGUCUGGAAGUGCUCAACGAAAUUACACCUGAAGAUGAUGGGAAUGAAGAAAUUCGAAGAUUGGAUUCGCAAUUAGAUCACUUGAAUCAUUACAUGGAUAAAGUUGAGGAAAGGAUCAAAGCACACAAUGAAAAACUGAUGAAUACUUUGAAACAUCAAAGAGAAGAACGCGAGAAAAGACGUCGUUCUUUCCAUGAACGUAUUGCAUUGAACCAGCAAGAAGAUGAUGACUUUCAACGACAAAUUUCAACACUCCUAAGUCGUGUUGAUAUAUCGAAGAAUCGCGCAUCAAUGUACGAUAUUAUCAGCCAGAUGGAAAUUCCAAAAUCAAAAGGGCAGUAA